UUUGCUUCUUUUUUUCUUAAUAGAUAAUUUUAGCAUUUUAAGCAAAAGAAGUUUUGCACGUCUGUGAAAGCCAUGAGGAGGCUGGGGAGGCUUUCAGACUAUUGCUUCACAGCAUUAGACUGAGUGCUUUUCUCUGUUAACUGAAAUAAAGACGACUGGCUUCUAUGCUGAGUUCUAUCUUUCGUUUUUUUGCUAGCUUUGUUCGUAAUAAUUAUACAAUCUAAGUAAGAGUGAAUAGAUGGGUAUUUAGGCUUUUGAAUUUUGAUGUACGAAAACACACUGUUUAUCACGGCAGAUUUCCAAAUGCUCAGUCCGGGCUCGGAUUUAAGCUUAAAAAUAGUUCUGCCUUCGACUAGACCCUCGAUUCGAAGUCAAAUGUAUAUGAAGAAUUAUGAUCAAAAUAAAAACUUUUCAAUAAAUAAGAAGCAAAGAAACAAGUUUGUAUUGCCUUAAUAUGCGUGUCACGAUGUGUUUAUUUUAUUGAAUAAUAAACCUACCCUUUAUAUAGUAGGGGAGUUUUACCCCUGCUACAAUUCUAAAAAAAGGUAAAAAUCCUCCUUGUACAUCAAUUGUUGAUGCGCUACCGACAUAGGGCAGGAUUCGCGCCGUGAUAUCCAAUCGGAUAUCACUGCCCUCUAUUAGUCGUGUGCCAUCGUUCGUAGUGCUUUCCGAGGUCUUGGAGCUCGUACCGAAUUCGGGGGUGUUGUCUUGUUGGGUCCGGUGGCGAGCAUCCCGUUCGGGCCUUCCCAACUUUGAUUCAGAUUCCAUGUAGUUAUGUCCUUGAUUUGUUUGACCCACCGGGAAAUCGGGAUACUCAUUAGCCCCGAUUUUAACCGUGUACAAUAAUGCAAUAUAAUACAUUAUGAAAUGAAACAAUAUGUGACGCCCAUUCAAACAAGCUGUUAAGUAGGCAUUUGGACAAUCUUAAUUUGCUUGACGUCCAAAGAAAAGUAUUUAAAGUAGGGAAAACCGCUAAUUUUUCCCUUUAUUAAAUGAUUUGAAAUGGGACGAUUUUAUUGUUCGUUUCUUUUUUGGUUCAAAAGUGUCCAUGUCUUAGUCGAGUUGUUCAAAAAUGAUUCCUAAUUAACGAUCGCUCUCGUUCGAAUAUAUUCAAUUAAAACAAAAACAAAAAAGUAAAUUUUGUCCCUGAAUUAGUCGAUACAGGGACAAAUCUAUCCUCCAUUUCGUCUUAGCACAUUUAUUAUUCAUGACUAUUUGAAAUAUUAGAGUUCAGUAUUUGUAAUAUUAAGAUAAUAUUUGAUACUUAAAUGGAAUAAAUGUAUGGCCAUACAGUUAAAAUAACCCAAACACGACAAACCAAUAUAAUACGAGACAGGUGUUAGACUGGGCACCAAGUAUCUACUAGGCUACGAGCUGUGCCCACACCAUUCCUCACGCCCAAAGGAAAAGAAAAAAAAUGAAAUACACACAUAUACACAUUAGGCUAAUACUCCUAAUUAAAAUAGGCACUUAACGUACAUAUAAAAGAAAACGACCUGCAAAAAAUUGUAGGGCCAGAGGGUGUAAUGAACAGCGCUAUUUCUGUUUUUCCCCAAUAAUUAACUAGACUAGCAGCCCGUAUUAACUAUAAACUAAAAAUAUCCCCAUUCUUGUUUAACUACCCUACCUAAAAUUGUAGGGCCAGAGGGUGUAAUGAACAGUAAAGUGGACAGCAUUAUGAUUUUAAAAAAUAAAUAUUGAUAUCAUAUAUUUCUAAGGCAGAAGAAGACAAAGUAGAGAAUCUUUAUUCAAGUAAUCCUAGAUGCUUCAAGUUGUCUUAUUUGUCUUCGGUGUAGUCCAAUACUCCAAUUAGCUUAAGCCCUUCACAUAUAUCUGCACUUCUCCACUCACUUCUCCAAUACAUAGCAAAAAACUCGCUUCUUUUUCUUUUUAGAAGAAGAAAAGAAAGCCAUGAUUUCUUACCUAUUAGCUCUACUAUUACUUCCUCUAUCUCUCACUUUCAUUUUCUUCCUUCGUAACCGCGAUUCGAAUAGCAAAAAACUUCCACCAGGAACAUCUGGAUGGCCAUUGUUAGGAGAAAACAUCGAGUUAGCCUUAUUAGGUCCUGAGAAAUUCCUCAAAAAUAGAACGGAAAAGUACUCACCUCAUGUGUUCCAAACAUUAAUCAUGGGAGAAAAAUUGGCUGUGUUUUGUGGUGCGCAAGGGAAUAAGUUCUUAUUCUCAAAUGAGAACAAGCUUCUCACAUCCUGGUGGCCAAAAUCCAUGAAAAAGGCAUUGCUUUUCCCUGAAUUUGCUGAGAGUUCACUGAAAGAUGUAUUGACUUUACAACGCGGUUUUCUACAAGAUAUUCUCAAGCCUGAGGCUCUAAAACAAUACAUUCCAAUUAUGGAUGCAAUGGCUCGAGAACAUUUAGAUGAAAAUUGGAUUCCUAAUGGAGUAGUAAAGGUUUUCCCAUUGUCAAAGAAGUACACAUUUGAUUUGGCGUGUCGAUUGUUCAUGAGUUUGGUAAAUCCUGAGGAAAUAAAGAGGUUGGCUGAUCCUUUCACUCUUGUUACAAAUGGAAUGUUUUCUAUGCCUAUUGAUUUGCCCGGAACAGCUUAUAAUCGCGCUAUCAAAGGCGGGAAAAUGGUGAGGGAUGAACUUAUGAGGAUCAUUUCACAGAGGAGAAAGGAAUUACAAAUGGAGAAUAAAGAGACAAUAGCAGGAGGCAGAGACUUGCUGUCAAAAAUAUUGCUUGUUACUGAUGAAAAUGGAAGGUUUAUGAGUGAAAUGGAGAUCUCCAACAAUAUAAUAGGAAUGCUAGUGGCAAGCUUUGAGACUACUAGUAGUGCAGUCACUAGUGUCUUGAAAUAUCUGGCUGAACUUCCGCACGUCUAUGAUCAAGUUUACAAAGAACAAAUGGCAAUUGCAAAGUUGAAAGGAGAAGAUGAGUUGCUAACAUGGGAGGACAUUGAGAAGAUGAAAUAUUCUUGGAAUGUAGUUCGUGAAUCACUAAGGCUAACUCCACCCGCUCAAGGAGCUUUUAGAGAAACAAUCACUGAUUGUACAUAUGCAGGUUUUACCAUUCCAAAAGGGUGGAAGACAUUUUGGUCAGUGCACUCAACACAUAAGAAUCCGAAAUACUUCACUGAUCCUGAAAAGUUUGAUCCAAUGAGGUUCGAGGGAAGUGGUCCAGCUCCCUACACGUUUAUACCCUUCGGGGGAGGACCUCGAAUGUGCCCUGGAAAAGAGUAUGCUCGAACGGAAGUACUAGUGUUGAUGCACAAUGUGGUCAAAAGGUUUAAACUUGAAAAGGUUAUUCCAGAUGAGAAGAUUGUGUUCGAUGCUUCUCCUGUGCCAAAGCAUGGCCUUCCUGUUCGCCUUCUGCCUCAUGGAAAUUAACUCAUAUUUCAUCUAGAAAGUGAAUCAUGUUCUUGUUUUAAUUAGUUUGAGAAAAAUGAAGAUCUGGCAAUGAAUAAUUUUAAUAGUAGUAUGACAAUAAGUUGUUGCAUUCAAA